AUGAAUUUUAUAGUAUUUCUUUUUUUCUCUAAGGUUCUUUCCUUAGGGAAUAGCACGUUGAAGCCCACUAUUGAAGGUGGAGUUGGCAUUGAAAACUUUCAUAGAAAUGGUAGAGAGGAAGAAGAAAAGUCUAAGGAUUAUACUCACACUUAUACUCCUGGUAAUGAGAAGAAUAACAAUCAUUUUAAAGAUACUAAACAAUAUGUGUUCACAACACAAAAUCCAAAUGGCAGUGAGUCUGAAAUAUCCGUGAGCGCAACAACCGAUCUGAAGUUUGCUCUAAAAAACUACAAAAUCGUCAAUACAACUACGCCUGGAAAACACACCUAUGAGGAAGAAACAACUACCAAUGAACCCUCUCAUAAAAAUAGUCAAAAAACAACUCCAAAUGUGCCUGCAUUUUGGACAAUGUUAGCUAAAGCUUUAACUGGAACAACGGUGAUGAUGGAUGAUAAAGAUCAAUUCUUUCACCCAAUUCCAAACUCUGAUGUGAAUAAUACAAAUGAAGAAAAACUGCCAGAGCUAGAGGAUCUUAAGAUAAAAUUAAUGCUGGGCAUCUCAUUGAUGACCCUCAUCCUUUUUGUUUUCCUCCUGGCAUUCUGUGGUGCCACGCUGUACAAACUGAAGCAACUGAGUUAUAAAGUCCAUGAGAGUGACUACUCUGUCAACCCUGAGCUAGCAACUAUGUCUUACUUUCAUCCAUCAGAAGGAGUAUCAGACACAUCUUUUUCCAAGAGUGCCGACAGCAGCACAUUUUGGGGAACCACUUCGUCCGAUGUGAAAAGAUCAGGCACAAGAAUGUCAAAAUCUAAAACUCUGGGGGAUGUGGUUUCCCCGGGCACAGAUGAAGAAGCCGGCAUAAAUGAUGAAUCAGAAUUUCUUCUUAAGAGUGAAGAACCGAAUGAGGAAGUCAAUAUUGAUCAAUAAUGAUAAUGUUAACUCUUCUG